AUGCUUAUUUUAUUAUUUAUACCUUAUUUGAAUAGUUUUAAAAAGUAUUAUUUUAGACUAGCAUAUAAUAAAAAACAGAGAUAUAGCUUGAAAAUUGCGCAAAAUUAAUAAUAUUAAAUAUAUAUAUUCAGAUAAAAUAACAAAAGAAUUUACAAUCAGAUGAUUAUUUAAGGAUGAUGAUUCAAAACCAUUUAAGCAAGCAAAAGAAGUUCUGGAGAAAUAUGGAUUAACAAGUUACAAUUUGGAUAAAAAUCCAAAUUAUAAACCUCUGCUUGACUCAAUUGAUAAUCAUGCAGAAAAAGGGAACGAGUCAAUCAGUUUUUGCUAUUUUAGAUUAUUAUAACACCCACUGCCAAGCACCCGAGGACUAUUAUUUCUUCCAUAAUGUUCCACCGCCUGCUCGCCAGUCUGCACACGGCUUUGCAUUGUGCUACUUCUUCGGACGAGAACUUUCACUCGCUCGUCAAAGUCGCAAAGUUUGUGUAACCCUGCCGAUAGUAUAUAGCUUGACUUUAAUAAAAAAGUCAAAAGGUCAAAAGUUUUUGGCUAGCUAUCAGCAAAAAUGAAACUAAAAACCAAAGUUGCAACACCAAAGUGUCUCGAUUGGCACUCCUGGGAACUCCUUUUGAUCUUUUUAUCCCAUUUUUCAUGAGGAAAGCCACCCCGGGAUUGAACUUUGGCUGAUCGCCGUCGUCGUCACUACAUACUCCAGUCAAGUAAAUCCUGAUACACGCAUCGGAUCCUCUCUCUCUUCUUCAAAAUCCCUGACUUGUUAAGGCUCAGGCCUAUAAAAUUUAAUAGGUUGAGACGAUUUGCAACUGCAUUUAAUUUAUUUUAAAACGAAUCAAAUUCGUUACCAUCAUUUUCUAAUCAUGAUAAUCCAGAUGAUAGCGAUAGAUUAGGUAAUGACAGUUCUGAAGGCGAAGAGUUUCAUAAUAGUUUGCAAAAUAUCAUUAUGGAUCCUCCUAUUAAAAUUUAUUGCUCAGAUGACCCUCCUUUAGAGGAUAGCAGUGAAUUAACUGAUAUUGAGCAUUCAAAUUUAUAUGAUCAUGACAAAAAAAUUGAACUAGAUAAGCCAACCCCUGCAAAUAUGCUGGAAAUUCCAGUAGUUUUUGGAGAGAUUUCUUCUAUGCCGAGCACUUUUCGCUUACUGCCCCCUCCAUGAGCGAAUUUAAGUAAACAAAAAAAAUUUUUAUAUAGAAAUUUUUUAUGAAAAAAAAAAUUGAUAUAUAAGUGAUAAUUACUAUUACGAAAUUUCUUGCUAAGUCUGUUUAAUUUUAAAACAGCUUGCAUUUUAAAACAUAAUUUUACAAAUUAAACUAAUAUUUGCUUCCCAAAAAAAAAUACUAUAAAAUUCAUAUAUAAAUUUUUAAAAAAAAUUAACAUCCUCGUAGGAAGCAAAACUUUUUUGUUGCUCACGGAGGGGGCGAGUUAGAAGAUACCACAGCGCGCUCUCAAAAUAUGCCAAAACUUGAGCAAGAAAUCCCAGAUCAGCUGCCUUUCAUUAUCAAUCAUUCAAGACAAACCAUUUAA